AUGAAUGGAAAGAGCUGUCAGCUCCUGGUGUCUCCUUGCAGUGUAUCCCCAUCACUGAACAUGAUUGCAGGGCACCAGUCCCCGUCCAUCAGGAUACCCAUGCGUACCAGUCUCUCUCCUCAACGGGCCAAAAUCAGUCCCUCCUCAGGUAUGGACAAAGUGAAAGGAGGGGCUGUGCACUCCAUAGCUUCUGGGAAACAGAGCGGGAAUCCCGUUGUCCUUCCAGCCCUCAGCCUUCGCAGACAGGUGUUGACCAAUGGGAAACAGCUAAACAUGCCAAGCGGCUCAUCACACCAUCAAGUGCCUGCUCAUCAUCUUCCGGCCACCACAGUGACAGCUGCCUUACACACGAAACUGUGCUCCUCUAACAGAAACUUCAAAGGUUGCUCUGUGUCCAGGCCUGGCAUGGAAGUGUUUGGUCAGCCAGCUGGUGCUAACUUGAGGAUGACCAGCAGCCCCAUGAUUGUCCAGAGCCUGGGUCCAGUUGCUCUACUGACAGGGCAACAGUAUACGACUGGUCCUGUGGCACCACAUCCUCCACCACAACCACAGAAUGUGCUGGUACCAUAUACAGAUGCCAGAUCCUUACUCUCCAGAGAAUCCCUGGCAUCCACGACUCUUAGCCUCUCUGAGACCCAGUCAAUGUUGAGUGGCAGACAUGAGUGGCCCUAUGGCUACCGCAUCCUUCCUCCACUGAGUGAACCUGAGUGCUCCACCCAGGCCAGUGAGGGUGGUGAACAGUAUAGCCUUUCCCCAGGUACUGCCAUGUCUGGCACAACCAUAUCAGGUGGCACCAGCAAUUCUGCCUCCCUGCCCUCCUACCUCUUUGCGGGAGACGCCAGUAGCCCCAAACAGUCCACACGCUCAAAGAAGCGAGCCCUCUCCAUGUCCCCUUUGUCAGAUGUUGUGGGGUUUGAUUUCAACUCCAUCAUACGCACCUCACCUACCUCACUUGUGGCUUAUAUCAAUGGUUCCCGCAGCUCUCCAGCCUCCCACUCCACACUCUCACCUGUCCAGCCUGAGGUCUGUGGCCACUUCCUGGGUGUGAGAGGCCGUUGUAUCCCUCAGGCCAACCCCCUUAGCACGAAAGGCUCUGUGCUUGCCCUGGCCCCACAAACAGAACGCCAGUCUGGGACAGAGCGCAGCCGUAUGCAGAGGCUUGAAGAGGGAGGAGCUUUAGAGAGCCAGAUGGCUAACAUGGUGGUGGAGCAGCAGUGCCUCCCAGAAGGAGAAGGGGCACUGGAGCAGACUGCAGAGGGGAGGAACCAACCCACCAACAACCUCCUGCCAUCUGUACAGUUAGAGCCAGAACUGUUGACUGUUGUCCAAGCAGCUGCUAUUCCACAGGGCCCACCACCACCCUACCACUCCCACCAACAUAUCCACCUCCCCAGACCUCAUAGCCAAGUAAAGGCCCUUUCUCAGGACCCUCUCUCACAUGCUCCAACAGCUCCGCCAAGGCUUGGGGUCAGCUUUUUGCCCCAGGUCCCAAUGCUGGAGGAGGAGGAGGGAGAGCUGGAAGACUAUGGGGGCCACUGCUGUCGGUGGUUGGACUGCAGUGCUGUGUAUGACCAAAAGGAGGAGCUGGUAAGGCACAUAGAGAAGCUGCACGUGGAUCAGCGAAAGGCUGAGGACUUCACAUGCUACUGGGUGGGGUGUCCACGCAAGUUCAAGCCCUUCAAUGCCCGAUACAAGCUUCUUAUCCACAUGAGGGUCCAUUCAGGAGAGAAACCCAACAAGUGCACGUUUGAGGGCUGUAAGAAGGCUUUUUCUCGGCUAGAAAACCUGAAGAUCCACCUGCGUAGCCACACAGGGGAGAAACCAUACCUGUGUCAGCACCCUGGAUGCCACAAGGCCUUCAGCAACUCCAGUGACAGAGCAAAACAUCAGCGUACACACCUAGACACAAAGCCGUACGCAUGUCAGAUCCCUGGCUGUGCAAAGCGCUACACCGAUCCUAGCUCCUUGAGGAAACAUGUGAAAUCCCACUCCUCUAAAGAGAGACAGUUACGGAAGAAGCUGAAAUCCUCUGCUGAUGUGACCCAGGAAGCACUGGUAGACUGUUUAACCAUCCACCCCCUGAAACCAAGCCUCUCUCCUCUGGCAAGGACUGACAACAGCUUGGUGCUGUCGCCCGGCACCUCUCAUGAGCCAUACUCUGCUGUUCCCCAGGGACAAGACUCCAGCAGUCCUCACCUGGCUCUGCUGUGCACCUUACAGGACAACUACAGGUUUGUUGAUCCUUCCCCCCACCAGCUCAUCCCGAGGGACCAGUGUGGUCCUCACUCUUCCACCUACCUCCCCCAGGCUCCCCGUGGAGUUUCACUGCAGAACAGCCAAGAUCUGAGGCAACCCAGUGAGCCACCUGAACUCACAGAUCAUACCCCAGGACAGAUGAAGAUGCUGUAUUCUCCUCCUUCGUACAGUGAGAUCGCAGCACAGAACAGCUCAUGUCACCUGAUGCAAGUUCAAGCCUUUGGUGACAGCCUCGCUCCAACAGUCAAUAAUCCCAGUGGGGUGGAUGCCUCACAAAGAGCUCUGUCUGGCAUUACAGAAUUUGAUGUUCUCAGCGAACCGCAGGAUGUGGCUGCUGACCGCCAGCUGAGAGAGGAGGAUUUCUUCAGUGUGGUGGACCACUGCACAAGCCAGAUGUCAUGCAUCUAUUCAGAAGGGUGA